AAGCAUGAAGAGCAGACGGACUUUGCUUCCUCAGAGAGGUCAGCAGUGGUCUCUGCUGUGGAGGCAAUUUGAUCCCACUGCCUGCCCCCAAAAUAACACUCCUGUUAUUCCUGCUGCCAGCAGCCAUUCCAGAGGGUUUGUGCUCCUCUGGCACAGCCAGGCUAAUUUAACAUCGAGCUCCUGAGACACAGAAUACUCAUUUCUCUUUCCUUCUUUCUGCUCUGGAGCCCAAAGCCCACACUGCAAAAUUCAAAUCCCCCAAAUCCCAACAAGUGCCUGCUGCUCUCCUUGGCUGAGGUGUUUUCCCUCACGGUGCUGCAGGGAGGAUGCCUUUGGCAUAAAUGCAGUGGUAAGGCACUGAAAUCAUUAACAUUUGAUUGAGGCUGGUGCUGGGGGUUGCCAGAGGCUUGCUAGUCACCUGGAGGGAGCUGCUGGAAGUAAUUCCUGCACGGAAUACCUUGGAAUUCAUCUGCCAUGAAGUGACUUCCCAGGUUUACCUGGCAGCAUCUUCUCUGCUUUCCAACGAAGAGCUGCUGCAGGGAGAGGCUAAAAAAUGAAUUUAUUCAUGGUGUCCAGCACUUGGGACAUGGGAACCCACUCUCAGACCCCUCACACCAUCCCGGCAGGAGAAUUCCAGCUCCACUAUUCCCAGCACCACCAGCUGCAGAGCAGGAUAGGUUUUAACGUUACAGAGCGUGGCUCUUUUUAUUUUUACUCUAUUUUCUCCCCCAUACUCCUGAGUUUCAGUGGUUAAGGCAGCCAGGCGCUGUCAGUAUAUUAAAUUCUGGGAGUGUCUCUCCUGCUGGGGAGAGGAUUUGUAAAACAAAGCAUGUUUUCCUCCUCCCUGCUGCCAAAGGAUCUCUUUUCCCCAGCGAGAUGGGGAAGCGCUUCCCAGCACAUUACGUUGCACUCAAGGAAUUUGCCAUUGGUUAUGGCUCGACGUGGAGCUUUUGCUGCUGUUCUGGGGCUGGGGGAGAGGGGAGGAGGAGGAGGAAUCCAGCAGAUCUGAGCAUCAUCUGCACAGGGCAGGAUUUAGGGAUGGAGUCCACCUCUCUGGAUGAUGUCCUCUACCGUUACGCCAGCUUCCGAAACCUGGUGGAUCCCAUCACCCACGACCUCAUCAUCAGCCUGGCAAGAUACAUCCACUGCCCCAAACCAGAAGGGGACUCCCUGGGAGCCAUGGAGAAGCUCUGCAGGCAGCUCACCUACCACCUGAGCCCCCACUCGCAGUGGAGACGCCAGGGCAUCAUGAAGAGGAAGCCGCAGUCCUGCUUGAAGGCCGUGCUGAUGGGGAAGCCCCAGGACAACACCGUGGACUUGUCGGGCAUCCCCCUGACCCUGAAGGACCUGGAGAGGGUCACGUCCUACCUGGAGCACAGCUCGGAGCACAUCGACACGGUGGAGCUGUGCUUCACCGAGCUGACGGACGAGAUGCUGCUGCAGCUGCUGCCCGCGCUCUGCGGCCUGCCCCGCCUCACCACGCUGGCCCUCAACGGCAACCGCCUCACCAAGGCCAUCCUCAGGGACCUCACCGAGACCCUCAAGGACCCCAAGAAGUUCCCCAGCGUCACCUGGAUCGACCUGGGUAACAACGUGGAUAUUUUCUCGCUGCCCCAACCCUUCCUGGUCAGCCUGAAGAGGCGCUGCCCCAAGCAGGGGAAUCUGCCGACCAUCCUGGAGUUUGGGGAGGGUCAGGUCAGUGAUUUGGAGGGGCAGGAGGGGCUGGGGGACAGCCAGGAGGACCUGAGGGCCGGGCCAGGCCAGGCUGGUGGCACAGACUGGGAGCAGAUGGACAGAACGGCCGAGGCUGGGGAGCUCCCCGGCCCAGAGCGAGGUGCUGCCACACCACAGACAUGAUGUCCAGCCCUUGGGUGGGCACCUUGAGCAAGGAUGACUUAAAACCUCAGAGCUGGGGGGGUCUGUUCCCACUCCUGGAUGCUCCAGGAGUCCCAGCUGCUGCUUUCCCCCUGUGCCACGAGCGUCAGUGAUUUUCUUCUCGAAGAACGCAUAAAGUGAUCACGUAGAGUGUUUGUAUUUCUAACAGCUGGCCAGGUGUUUUGAAGCAUUAGUGGUGUGCUGUGCUUUUGGCUCUCUCAGAAAUGCGUCUCCAAGGGGCUGCAAAACCUCAGAAGGGCAAGAAAAGGGAGCUGGGAGGUGCCCUUCCUCAGUGCUGGAUCUCAGCUGCUCGCACGUGUCAUGGACAGACAGCAGCCACCCCAAAGGGACCUGCCUGGGAUAAACCUUCAAUCCUUCCCACUCCUGCCUUCAGGAAUCACUGGUGAGAGGCAUGGCUCCUGAGACACAACAAAAACCUGCUCUCACACAAAGCAGGGCUCAACAACCUGCUCGCACACCAACCAGGGGUGUUCCUCUCAGAACUGUGAGCCCAGCCCUGAGGGAGAGCUCUGUUUUCCUGGGGCAGGGUUAAAUCCCAGCCUGCAGCGUGCCUGGACACCACCCUCACCUCCAGCCUUACCAAAACCAGGCUGGCACCUGUGCCUGCCCAGGAUUUAUCCAGUAAAACCCAGUUUCCCACCAGCUGCAAGAACUGCUGAGCUUUUAAUGGGAGCAUCUGGUCCGUUCUGGGAGGGACACACAAAUCCUGGAGUCAGGGCUCAGGAGCAUCACUGACAAAAAGAGACCACGGUACUGAAGGGUUAAAAAAGGUAAAACGAGCCUGGGUUCACCCCUCUGUCACUGCCACACAGCCAGCUGGGAUUUAAAGCCCCAGAAAGCCUUGGGCUCACUUGGCCAUGGCUGUUGCCCCCGGACCAGAAGUGCUUUGUUCCUAAAAGGUUCCAGUUUUUUGUAAGCCAGGGCUCUGGGUUUGUUUUCGGUGGGAAAUGGAUCAGCCCAGAGCAGCAGGGCUGGAAUGUGCACUUUGGCUUUUUGGAACCAGAAUUUCAUUGGAUCCCAAAGCCGGGGGAGGGCAGGAAAGGGGAGAACUUCCUCUGCUUCGUGUUCCAAGGAGCAGAGCUGACUCCCUUUGCAGAGGGAGCCUCUUUGCCCCAAGCCCUUCUCUGAGCAGCCCCCAGCAGUGACUCCAGCUUGGCUUUUUUUGGGUGCAAACAGACUUUUGGUCCCAUUGGCUCUGUCCAUUUUUCCAGAGGGGCUUCAGGCUGCCAGUGGUUGUUUGUUCUUCAUUUGCAAGAAGGUAACUUAGAAAAAACUCUGCUACUUUUAAUACAUUUGGCAACACUCAGUAUGAUUUGCAUGUAUCCGAGCCUUUUUUUCCUUUUUUCAUUUUAAAAUUCUAACUCUUUCCAACAGGCAUGAAAAAAACCAACUUUCCAGUGAAUAUGGAAUAUUUCUGUUUGAAAUAAAGGAGCUAUCCAUAAACAAAAUAAAUGAUAAUGUUUAAUAAAGACCCAGUGUUGAAUUUUCCCUCUGUCCAGGUUGAAUGCCCAGGAAAAAGCAGAGGACAAGGCAGUGCUGAGAGCUGCUGGUCUGGCUUCUUCAGGGGGCUGGAGAAAUAAAGAGCUCAGUUUAUGGGCUGGAUUUAUCAGGGUGGGCAGGAGGUGAACACAGAAGCAUCAUGAAAGAAUCUUUUACAUUUUAAAUAUUGCCAGUGUGUAAAAUAAUGUGGGAGAAAGGAAGGCUGAGAGUGGGGUAGUGCUCCACAGGGUGUUUAUCUCCUGAAGGCACAAAGGCUGUUCAUUGCAGCAGGGGCUCUGUCCCAGCAGCAGGCCAGGGGGGCCAAGGAGUUGGGGGAACACAGGGGGAUUUAAUCAAGAACAAGAUUUCUCUUUGCAGAAAAAAAAAAAAGCAAAAGAAACUGCAGCAAUUUCUUCUUUCUACCCAGGCACCUCAGUACUGGGCUCUCCUCAUGCACAGCUCAAGCCCCUCUACCUGGUUAAAUUAUUUCAAUCACAAGCUCCUUGCUGCAAGGUUUUUAUUCCCUGCUAAGUAUUUGCACAGGACCCAGUGUCUGAGGAGCUGCCUGGACCCCAGUUCACAAAUUCACAAACCAGAGGCACAAAUUCACACCCCAGUUCACAAAUUCACAAACCAGAGGCACUUUGCAUUUAGAGCGAGCUCUGCAUCCUUUAUUCCUGCUUUGCUCCAUUCCCUCACUGACAAAAACCACCCAGGAGCUGCUGCUGCCACAUUUCCCCUCCAGCUCAGCUUCCACCCGCUGGGAAGCACAUCAGCCAUGGAGAAUUUCAAUAUCUCCAAAGGGAGAUGCCACAGCCUGUGCCCUGUGCAGGUGUUGCACUGCUUGAGCCACCUCUGCUGCACUGGUACUGACAAUAUCCCUGUGCCCAGAGAGGAUUCAGCCCUUCUGAGACAGAGAAAGAGCUGGAAAGGGAUUUUGUCAAUAUAUCUCUGCCUGCUGGAGGAUGCACCGAAUUACUUCCAUGGAAAAAGGGGGAAAAAAAGCAGAGCUGUUGUAGAGAGCUGGUUCUAAAAGCUUUGGCUCAUCAGUGCCUCCCUCACAGUGCGGAUUAGCUCAAUUAUCCACUUAGUGCACUUCAGGAUAAUGAUGAUCCUGUGGGCUCAGCACAGAGUGGGGCUUGGUUGGUUUUUUUUUUUUUUUAAAGAAAGCAGAGUGAGACGCUUCCCUUCCCAGCUCAUCAACAUCAAAACAAGCUCAGGGCUCACUCCACAUAGAAUCAAUGCUCCCUGGGCUACUCUGGGCUGCUGCUUUGGGUCAGAAGCUUUUAACUGGCCUUACAUGAAGGAUUCAAGGACUGAAAAUCACUGCUGUUAGAAUAUUAAAUCAGAAUGAGGUCAUUUCUUGUCCAGGAGAGGAGGAAAGGGCCACCAUAAAACAAAUAAAGCAUAAAAAGUCUCAGCCUGGCUUGGUUGGUUCUCUCCCCGGCAGCACCACAGCUCUGCCUGGGCAUCAAGCAAACCUGUCUGGGGAGGAGAUUUAUGGCCUCAGCAACAAAAAUGUAAUUGGAAAUCAUUCUGUGCAGAUUGAGGAGCCCACAGCGAGGAGAAUGGAAACAGCAGGCAGGGAAUGAGAGAGGGGUGAGAGAGCCGUGAAAGGGCUGGUGCCACGUUCCAGAGAGCUCCUGCCAGCCGGGUGAUCUGGGGAGGGUUUGCACCAAGGCUGGCUGUAUUUUGAAGGUAAAUUCAUUUAAAAUGAGGGUUCCUUGGCCAGAGGAUGGCUGGGAGCAGGAAAGAAACUGGGAAAAGUCACCCCCGAGCAGGGAGUGUGUGGGAGAGCAGAGGGAGACACAAAAAGGCUGCUGGGGAUGUCCAGAAGCACAAAAUACUUAGACCCAAAGCAUUGCUGCUGCUCAGGGGCAGAGUCAGCAAAUGUCCACCCAAAAUUGCCCAAACAGCAACCUCUGCCAGAGGAAUAGCCAAAAGUGACCUAAAGGAUAAAGGAGACACCACGGGAGGCAGCAGUGGCUGAGGCUGCCCCAGGCAGUGCCACCACUCUGGGUUAUCCCACUAAAACUGCCUUUGGAGAGGGGCAAAAACCCUCCAGGGCUCCCCUGUGGUCCAUCACCCCUGUUCCAGCAGCAGCAGGAGCUUUGUGAGCUCAUGCUCAGGAGCACUCAUGGAAACACAAAGACUCCCCUGCUCCAGUGGCUGGGAUCUGCCAUUGCCAAGGAAACCACUUGACCUCAUUAGCAGGAUUCAUUAUCAAAGCUUAGGGGAAAGGGGUAAAAACAACUGACCCAACCUCUGCAGUGAAGUGUUCCUUGGUGAGCAACAGAUGAAAUCUCCUCCCAGCCUCUCUGGUACAAGGAUGCCAUCCUUGAUCCCACUUUUCCUCCACUCCCUGGGCAGUGGGGUUUUUCUGUGCCUGGGGGAUGAUUUCCACCAGCAGGCUGUGCGAGGACAGGAGCUUUGCAGCUCUAUGAAAUGUCUUUAACAGGACAUUCUGCAGGACAGAGCCAUUCCUCACAGUGCUCUGCCUGCCUCCAGCCAGCUCCAGCCUCACUUCCUGGGGAGGGCCCAGCUCCAGGCACAUUAACAUUAAUGCUAAUUAAUUAUCUGAAUAAAUGGAUGGAUAUCCCCAGGCUGGACAGGGCUUGGAACAACCUGGAUCAGUGGGAGGUGUCCCUGCCCACAGCAGAACGUUGGAAUGAAAUGGGCUUUAAUUCCCCUCCAACCCAAACCAUUCCGGGACCUGUUUCUAUGAAAUGAUAGCACAGGGUUUGCUCUCAAGGAGGAACACAAGAGCUUUGCUCACUGCAGGAAUCCUGGAUCCCAAGCUGGCACUGCAGGAAAGGUGUUUAGGAAUAAAGUGUCAUUUUUGAUGUGGCAGCUCCAUCAGCCCAUGGCUCAGUUACCCCUGAAGGAUGGGCAAUUGGAGGUGCUUUGUUUGCAGUCCCUUCUGGCACUUCUGGGCAUGCAUUUUUCAUUCCUUUUUUUAUCCCCCUAUUUUUUCCCCCCUCUGUAAAUACACAGAGACACAGCUGGUUUUACCUUCAGCUCAGCUGAUGGUUUUAUAUAAAACUGAAGACCUGACUUAAUAGAGUCAGAAAAGAUGCAACCUGCUCACCACAGCCUUUAAUUAUGUGGGCAGUUUGCUUGGUUUUCUUGGCUCCUAAUAGCUUAUUGAUCCUGUGGCUUCUGGGCCAUCUUUUUUCUUUGCUGUUUUAUUAACUCAGGCUGAGGAGAAAAUAAACCUGUGGGCUGGUUUGCAUCCAGCAGGUUGGGAUGAGCAAUCCCAGCCUUCAGUGAGUGCACGUGGCAGCUCUCAGGGAGCUGUUAUUGGAAGGACAAAUAGACUGGAGGUUUACAAAAGAGGAGAGAAAUGUUAAUAUUUAAUUCAGUGGAGGUUUGGCCUGGGCAUUUCUCACUGGAUUUUCAAGGUGUGUGCUGUAAAAUCACUUCAUUCAUGGCUCUCCCUGUCAGCUCUGUCCUUCUCCUCUGGCUCUGGGCAAGAAUUUGGGGAGGUGCUUUGUGAUCAGGAUUUUGCAAGGAGCACUCACAGCCAUCCUAAACACAAUCUACAUAAUCAAAAGCAUCUUCCUACAGCCCCAAAUGCAUGGAACAGACAUAAAGAGAGUAAGGAUGGAUGGAAAACUCUGGGAUAUUGGGCUACAACUGAUGGAGAAACCCAGCUGCAUCACCCAGGAAUGAGCUUCCCUCGGGCAGCUGCUCCUUGCCUGCGAACUCACUCGGGUAAGAGCUGCAAUUCCAGCUCUUCUAGAAAUGAAAACCAAGGCACUGAAGAAUCAAUCACACUCUGGUAGUGCUGCCCCAGGGCUCUGGCUCCUGAUCCCACAGGAUUCCACCGCUGGGGAGCUCUGCAUGUAGAGAAACAGGCAGAAAGUCCCAGAGGUGGUCAGGCUUCAAACACACAGAAUAAACGGCCUCUGCUCGGGGCUGUGUGCAUUUACACACCACUUGCCAAGAGGAGAACUUCACCAUUCCUUUUUUGUUGCUGUUUCAUCUUCACUGUACCCACCUGCUUGUUAAAUGAUCAAUGCCAAGGCUCAGGAUUUUCCCAAGCUGAGCUUUCCUGCAGGCUCAGAGCUCCCCUCCACCACAGGCACAGAAACAGCAGAGCUGGGGGCUGAAAUGCAAAUAUUGUCCUUUUUUCUGUGCCAACCCCCAAAAUGGGCUGAACUGCCAGGGCAGGGGCAGCCACCAGCCCGGAGCUGUCCCCUCACCCUGGUGUCACAUCCAUUCUUCAAACCAUUUUGGUGUUGGUGAUUUUUCAGCCCCGUUCUCCUCCCUGAAACCCUUCUUUUGCCUCAGCUCCAGCCUCUGACCUGUUGCCAGGUGACACCACUCGUUGCUGUCAUCUCCAAAGACUUUUCUGAAGCAUAAAAGCAGCACCUUUGAAAUCCCUGCCCUUCCUGCAGCUCCUGUUUUGCAUUUCCAAACAGCCUGGUCCUGACACUGCAGCUUUAUUUCACCUCCUGAGAGCACAGAGCAUCUUCCUCCAAACACAGCAGCAAACAGGCUGGUGGGGAGGUGCCUGGAUAGAUGAAAUUAAUGAAAUUCAAAGUGCAGCUACUGUGGUGCAGGGGCUUCCAUCACUGUGCAUUUCAAAGCUCCCACCUCACUCCCAGCUUGGAAACAAUUCCCAUCAUCUUCCCAGCAGGUACUCCCUGGAUUUCACCCAGCACAAAGAGUUUAUCAUUUACUGCCAUGGAUGAAAGGAAUAAAAUACCUGAUUUGACACAGUUCAGGGAAAUUGCUUUGACCAAUGACUGCCCAAAUCCUCUGGCUGCCCCCAGCAGGGCUCCCAGCUCCAGCUCCUCCUCUGUGACGAGGGGAUGUGGAGCACUGCAGACUGCUGCAGGAUUAUAGAUGGAGGCACAGAUGUAAAACAUUUCUACAGGAUAUUUCAGCUGCUGCUGCUGCUCCGAGCCGCAUUAAACAGCUCACAGAUCCCCUCAGCACCAGCACUGCACUUGCUGGCUGAUAAGGCCUGAUAACCAAAUUACCACUGGUGCUACUGUUCUCUUGACUCGGGUGUUUAUUAAUGAAGUUUCAGCUGUCCAGGAAAAUUCAUUAUUUUUUAUUAUGGCUGAUAACCUCAGGCUUAGCUGGAAGUUUGUCUUUAAUGUGCUGUUAAACCCCAAGCCUACUCCACUGCUCAGUGGUAACAGCACCCAACAAACCCAAAGCCAACACCAACAAAUCUUUAGGUGCAGUUUGCAAGUGCACAAAAUAAACAAAAAAUCAAGAAAAUCAAACAUAGAGUAACUAUCUGACAGGGUCUGGGAAAGCACGAGGAAGAAAGCAAUCAAAAAAUCUGGGAAAUAAAUCAAAAUGAUAAAGAAAACCAAGGAGAGCCCAGCAGAAAGCCAUAGGCAGCUUCAGAAACAUCAAUCAUUAUUUGUUUAGAGUUUGUGUUGCAGCUGGGCUGGGCAAUGAUUUUACCACAAAUUAUUACAAACAAAA